AUGAGCAACGUCGCGACCACGCAGAAUACGAAUCUGGCCGGAGCCAAGAGACGCAGUCUCUCCGGUCAGGGAGGCUUGUUGAACAGGAUGUUCGGCAGCUCCGAUAAGAAUGGCAGCAAGGAGGCUAUCAACACCUCAGCACCACCUGCAGAUGGUGCAGUCGAUCAGCCAAACAGCCCGAACGUCAACAAUCACAUCGACGCCAUUCAGGAAAACAAAGACGAAGGCCAGGAUGAGGUCAGCAGCGACUUACGCAGCCCGACCCGCAAGACAGCAGAAGACCCCAGCCAGACCGAAAAGAAGCGUAGUAGCAGUGGUGUAGGUCGUGCUCGUGAUCUCUUUUCCAGCGCGAAGCAAUCGCUCUCGAAUCUGGGCAGCUCGCCAGACAAAUCCUCAUCGAGUGCGAACCAGACGCCAAUGCAGAGAUUAGGCAGAUCUGACCCAGCGCUGAGCGUGCCGCAGGGGUCGCUGAACAACUCUGCUGGCGAGUCUGUACCGGGCCCGCGAUCUACUUUCCGAGUCGGUGUCACCGAGGACAAGAACAAGAAAUGCCGACGUACCAUGGAAGACACACAUGCCUACCUAUAUAACUUCCUCAGCACGCCGGCACCAGCGCUAAGUUCUGUUGCUGGCUCGAAGAAAGACGGUUCUCUGGUUGAGUCGCAAUCGCGAGACUCGACUGUGUCCGAUGCAAGCCUGAGCACGAGGACUAGCGCGCAAAAAGAGGUGACUGAGACAGACAAUGGCUACUUUGCAGUUUUCGAUGGACAUGCCGGUACUUUUGCAGCAGAUUGGUGCGGCAAGAAGGUUCACAUACUUCUCGAGGACAUCAUACGUAAGAACCCGAACACACCUAUACCAGAAUUGCUCGAUAUGACAUUCACGACGGUCGACCAGCAACUAGAGAAGCUACCGUUAAAGAACAGCGGAUGUACUGCUGUACUUGCAGUGCUUCGCUGGGAGGACAGAAUACCAAACUCACAAUCUGCGACUGGUUCCACGGCGAUCGCACCUGCAGCAGCCGCCGCUCAACAGUCUGGCAACUCCGCUGAUCCAGCAAAAGCAUCGCGACAACGUGUACUCUACACUGCAAACGUUGGUGAUGCUCGCAUCGUCCUUUGCCGGAACGGUAAGGCUUUGCGAUUGUCAUACGACCACAAGGGUAGCGACGAGAAUGAAGGCAAGCGUAUCGCAGGUGCAGGGGGUCUGAUUUUGAACAACCGUGUCAACGGCGUUCUCGCAGUCACACGUGCCCUGGGCGAUGCUUAUAUGAAGGACCUGGUGACUGGGCAUCCGUACACCACCGAGACCGUCAUUCAGCCCGACAUCGACGAGUUCCUAAUCUUGGCUUGUGAUGGGCUUUGGGACGUGUGCUCAGAUCAGGAAGCGGUCGACCUCAUCCGCGGCAUUCACGAUCCUCAGGUAGCUUCGAAGACGCUGGUGGAUCAUGCGCUGGCUCGCUUUUCCACCGACAACCUGUCCUGCAUGGUGGUCCGGUUUGAUAACGCCAAGUUGCAACAAAACCUCGAGAGUAAGGAUCUCGGGGUGGAAGGCGACCCUGCAUCGCAAGCCGGGCAGAUCAGCGAGGCAGAGGCUAUCGUCAAUCAGACAAAGGCCCAGAUCGAGACUACAGGCGCGCCACUGGACAGGCCUACGACUGGCGAAGUCAUGGCGGAAGUGGAACAGAACCAGGAAGCUGGUCCUGAGCUCAAUCCUGCAGCGGUGGAAGCGGCACGAAAGGACAAGAGCCCAGAUCCAGUGGUAGCACAAGCUACUCCAAACAUGCGAUGA